AUGAAAAUAAAUCAUCUAUUUAAACAGAUAUUUACUAAGGCACAUUUUCAGGUGAACGGGCAAGACGUAUCGAAUUCCAGUCACGAAGAUGCGGUGCGUUGCUUUCAAUCAGCCCAGGAGCCGAUCAUCGUGGAGGUGCUUCGACGACAACCGGCGCAGCUGCAGCGAGCCUGGAGGGACCAGCAGCCGCAGGAACGUAACGACACCGAGGAGAAAACGAUGGAGCCGACGAAACGGGAGCCAACAACGAUCCCCGAUUCGCCGAUCCUGGUGUCCACCGCGGUGCAGACCGACUGGGCGGGGCUACUCGAGGAGGAGGAGCUGCUCCCGGUCCCGCUGACCGCCGACGAACAGGCGAACGACAGCUUCGAAGAUUUCCUCGCGCACGACAUCGACUUCGAGGAAGUGACGUUACGGAAGGUUGGGAGCGCGGAGAAACUCGGGCUGACGGUCUGCUACAGUUCCGGGUCAGGCAGCGAGGACGCCGACACGGAGGUUUAUAUCUCGGAAAUAGUUCCUGAAAGUCUCGCGGCACGGGACGGCCGGCUACGGGAAGGCGACCAAAUCCUGAGGGUAAACGGGAAGGACGUGGCGAACAAAGAGCAAACCGAGAAUCUAUUUGCCGAAACGAAGAAUGCGGUGACCAUCCUCGUUAGCCGAUGUCUCUAUCAGGACGACGAGUACGACGAUAGGCGCAUAUACCGUAGGGAUUCGCCACCGUUGUCCCCGGAACACCUACCCUCCUACCAGAAUAGCUUGAUCGAACAGUUGAUCCGGCAGCAACAGCAGCAGACGGACGAACGAACCAAAGAAACGGAGGAGAACACCUCGACCCUGAAAGCACCGCCGCCCAUACCCUCGCACACACCUCAACAGCAACAACAACAACCACAGCAAUUGUCCGCCACCGUUUUCUCUACGACGACAACGACAUCAUCUUCGACAUGUUCGUCCCAGACCUCCCAAAAAUCCAGUAGGAACGCAUCCUCGCCGGCUUACCAUCCAGAGGAACGUAAGCAAUGGAUGCAAGACACCUUAAAAGAUUGCUCGAAGAAAAUGGAAGGUUUGUGCAUGCGAGGGCAGCAAUCGGCUCCUCCCGUCAAGCUGACCGAAGCGUACUCGAGCCACGUGUGGAGCGAAACGGAGCAUAUCUAUGAGACCAUACCGGAAUCGGACAGCGAACCGAUCUACUCCUCCCCGUACGAGCAUCAGCAUUGGACGCAAACGAAUCACGGAACAGCGACCACGUCGACCACCACAGCGACCACGACCACCACGCAACAGAACCAAGGGAAUCAAACCAGAUGGCAUUCCUCCUCCAAGAGCAACAGCUCCGGCGAGGAAAAGGACAGCUCGAGCGCGUACAAUACUGGAGAGUCGUGCAACAGCAAUCCCUUAACGUUAGAACUUCAUCAGGGCGAGAAAGAUCAUCACAGAAGCACCCUGGUCCUCUGUCCACCGAAAACACCCACGUCGGUUCAACCACAGAGACUCGGCUGCAAUUGUCCCGCGGCUACCAACAAGCCACCAACCGCCAAGAGUCAGCCGAACAGACGAGGCUCCAGCACCCAUCAUAACAAGGACCGUGCUGCUGAUCCGAGUGGCGCCACUCUGCCAGCGGACACGAUGUACACGAACAUGGCCAAUCUUCAGCAAACGAUGCUGCUGCAACAGCAACUGUUCAAACAGGCGCUCAGCCGCAGGAACUUAACCACCGUCGUCCCCGCUAGUCCCAAAGAAACGGUCGCCGCCCCCACGCCCGCCGCGAAGAAGUCCAAGUCUCACGGGAACUUCCAGGCCCCGAAUCUGACGCGUUAUCAAUUCGUGGGCAGCCAACAGGUAUGCACGUCGACCAGCUGGGUACCCCCCGAGGACAACAAGGGCAGCAACGACGUGCAGAUGGAGUGGAAGGUUAAGAGAAGAGCGGACGGGACCAGGUACAUCGCGAGAAGACCGGUCAGGAAUCGUAUCCUGAGGAACAGAGCGAUCAAGAUAUCCGAGGAACGCGCUGGCCACAGCACGGAGGACGACACUAUGUCGGAGAUAAAGGUGGGCAGAUACUGGACUAAGGAGGAACGGAAAAGGCAGCUGGAACGUGCACGGGAACGGAAACAGAGGCAGCAAGAGCUGAUACUGCAACAGCAGCAACAACAGCAGCUCCAACUGCAACAGACCAACGAGUUACUGAACUGCGAGCAUCCGGACGACAAAACGAAAAAACCGUUGAACAUUCUGGAACUCAGCCACAAGAAGAUGGCUCGCAAGAAGAACACCUUGGACGACUUCACCACCGUCCAAGAAAUGCUGGUACACGGGAACAGAGUGGGAGGAGCGGGUGGGCCAGGCGCUGGAGGGAAGCUGAUGGGACUGCUUUCGGUCACCACGGUCUGAGG